GAAAGCAACGCGUCCCUGCAACGCUAACCCUAGACGAUGAAGUUCGUUCUACACCAAUCAACAACUCUGUUAUUUUCCGAUGUCCCAGGAGCCAAGUCACUGUUCUUAGUUUCCCCAAGAUCUUGAACUCUCCUGAUCUGUAAAUCUUUCACCUACCUUCGGUAACAAUUUUGAGAAAAACCCAGAUCUGGGUUUCAUCACAGACGUUCCCAAUGUUGCUUUGCCUCUGCUUUAUUGUCACUUUCUUUAUCAUCCAUUUGGUUCUUGAUUCCUUUUGGCAGGUUGUAGGAUUAGGCUUUCAAUAACCAAUUCUAGUUGUUUGAUAUAACAAGCUCAAAUGGAACAUCAGUGGUGUCGUCGAAGAGUUCUAUGCUCGAUUCACUUCUUUGCUGGAGUUUUCUCAAACUUCUAGUGAUCUUUCCUCAUCAACUCUCGCCAUUUUCCUUUCCUAAUCAACAAAUUCCUAUAGUACACCAUUGCCUACUUUUAUUUGGGUUUUAGGAGUCUGUUUAUGAUUUCUGUUCCCCAAAUCUCUCUCCGUCCUUGUCUUCCCUUCCAACACAGUUCAUCUCAACAGCAACUCCUCUAGGGUUUCCCUUGUCCCCUCGCCGAUUCCUCUUAUUGAGCUUUCAUCCGGCGAUUCUCCUCCGAGUUCCGGGUCAUUGCAAUGCACCGUGUAGGCAGUGCAGGUAACAAUGCCAAUUCAAACCGUCCUCGUAAAGAGAAGAGGCUUACAUAUGUGUUAAGCGAUGCUGAUGACACAAAGCAUUGUGCUGGAAUAAAUUGUUUGAAAGUGUUAAAGUCAUCUGAUUUGUGUGACUAUCUCUUCACUGGGAGCCGUGAUGGCACACUUAAGAGAUGGGCACUUGGUGAAAAUGCGGCUUCUUGCUCAGCUACAUUUGAGUCACAUGUUGAUUGGGUAAAUGAUGCCAUUCUGGCUGGUGAUAAUACACUUGUUUCCUGUUCAUCAGACACAACUUUGAAGACAUGGAAUUGCCUGUCAGAGGGAACUUGUACCAGGACUCUGCGUCAACACUCUGACUAUGUUACCUGUCUAGCUGCAGCAGAAAAAAAUAGCAAUAUUGUUGCCUCUGGUGGCCUUGGUGGGGAGGUUUUCAUAUGGGAUAUUGAAGCUGCAGUUACUCCACUCUCGAAGUCGGGUGAUGGCAUGGAAGAUGAUUGUUCAAAUGGUGUCAAUGGUUCUGCAAAUUCAUUACCUAUGAUAAGCUUGCGGACAAUCAGCUCGAGUAACAGCAUAUCUUCACAUUCAACUCAAUCUCAUGGAUAUAUUCCCAUUGCUGCCAAAGGCCAUAAAGAGUCAGUUUAUGCUCUGGCAAUGAAUGAUAGUGGAACUCUUCUUGUUUCUGGUGGGACUGAGAAGGUCGUGAGAGUUUGGGACCCAAGGACUGGAUCAAAGAAUAUGAAGCUAAGAGGGCACACAGAUAAUAUUAGGGCUUUGCUUCUAGAUUCUACUGGAAGGCUUUGCUUGUCAGGUUCCUCUGAUUCUAUGAUCAGACUAUGGGACCUUGGUCAACAACGAUGUGUACAUUCCUAUGCUGUACAUACAGAUUCUGUUUGGGCACUUGCUAGUACCCCCACAUUUAGUCAUGUUUAUAGUGGUGGUAGAGAUCUUUCUUUAUACUUGACAGAUUUGGGAACAAGGGAGAGUGUUUUGCUUUGCAUGAAAGAACAUCCCAUUUUGCAGUUGGCACUGCAUGAUGAUAGUAUAUGGGUUGCGACAACAGAUUCUUUAAUUCAUAGAUGGCCUGCAGGAGGAUGCAAUCCGCAGAAGGUCUUUCAGAGAGGUGGUACAUUCUUGGCUGGGAACCUGUCUUUUGCGAGGGCAAGGGUUUCCUUAGAAGGAUCUACUCCAGUCCCUGCCUAUAGAGUACCGACCUUUACCAUUCCUGGAACCCCAGCAAUAGUGCAGCAUGAAAUUUUAAAUAAUAGAAGGCAUGUCCUAACUAAGGACACUGCUGGUUCAGUGAAGCUCUGGGAGAUAACCAGAGGUAUUGUAGUUGAGGACUAUGGAAAGGUUUCAUUUGAGGAGAAAAAGGAGCAGUUGUUUGAGAUGGUAAGCAUUCCUGCAUGGUUCACCGUAGAUACCAGGCUUGGAAGCUUGUCCAUUCAUUUGGACACACCACAAUGCUUCUCAGCAGAGAUGUAUUCAGUGGAUCUUAAUAUCACUGGCAAACCUGAGGAUGAUAAGGUUAAUCUAGCACGUGAAACCCUUAAAGGUCUGUUGGCUCAUUGGUUGACCAAAAGAAGGCAGAGACCUGGAUCCCAAGCUUCAUCUAAUGGAGAUGCGUUAUCUGGGAGAGAUAUUACAAUGAGAAACCUUACCCAUUCAAGAUCUGAGGUAGAUGGUAUUGUGGAAAAUGAUUCCAUGGUCUAUCCUCCUUUUGAGUUCUCAACAGUUUCUCCUCCCUCAAUCAUUACUGAGGGUUCUCAAGGAGGUCCUUGGAGAAAGAAAAUUACUGAAUUAGAUGGAACCGAAGAUGAGAAGGACUUCCCUUUGUGGGUUCUAGAUUGUGUAUUGAAUAAUCGCCUGCCUCCCAGAGAAAACACCAAGUGCAGCUUCUACCUGCAUCCAUGUGAAGGUUCUACAACCCAGAUGCUCACGCAAGGGAAAUUAAGUGCACCUCGUAUAUUAAGAAUACAUAAAGUUGUCAAUUAUGUUUUAGAAAAGAUGGUUCUUGAUAAAUCAUCGGAUAAUGUAAAUACCGAUGGAACUUUUGCUCCUGGACAUGGAGGGCAAUUGCAGCACUCAGCAGUAGGUGAUUUAUCUUUUCGGUCUGGAUUGAAACCUUGGCAAAAGCUUCGCCCUUCUAUUGAGAUUUUGUGCAAUAAUCAGGUCUUAUCCCCAGAUAUGAGCUUAGCCACUGUGCGAGCUUACAUAUGGAAGAAACCUGAGGACCUGGUUCUUAAUUACCGGAUAGUUCAGGGAAAGUGACCACAUGGUUCUGGGAGAAGUUGAGAGAGUAAUGAGGUACGUCUUACAUUUUGGUUGAUUUGUCUCAGUUGUUUUGUAUUAAGUUUUUUUGUUUUUUUUUUUCAACAUAAUUUUGAAGAUGUAAACAAGUAACUUUUCAAAAACAUGAAAUGCCAGGUCAAGAGGGUGAAAACUUUUAUCUGCUCUCAUAGUUGCUAAUUAUGAGCAUCACUUCUUGUCUGGUAUGUUUUUUGAAGAAACAGAUGAAAACUCUAUUAUUUAUCAGGCUGCAGGUUGAACUCGGUUUAUUUGUGAAGGAAAUCUCAUGUAAAGUACUGGACAAUAUCAUGAUUUUUCUGAGGUUAUCCAUAUCAUGAUCAGAAAUAUCUCUUGGGUUUGGCUGUUAAACUUCAGGGCAUUCUCCAUAAUUGUCAAGACAAACAUGGUUAGUACUCUCAUAGUUGAAGUAUUAUUAAAAAUUUUGAUCUUUCUUUCUGUACUCUGCCGCAUGAGUGCUUUUUCCAGAGAUUGAAAAAUAAGAUGAUCCUGUAAGUAGUUUAAAGGGUUUGACAUUGGAGAAGAAUUAGCUUGAGAGAAGAAUUAGCUUGAGAGAAGAAUUAGCUUGAAAGAAGAUUUGCAACUAAUCUAAGAGGCACAAAAUUAGGUGUAUGGUGUUAAAAGGGCUGUGUAGAUUUUGUAUUGUGGGGUAAGAUACCCAAGCCAUAGAAUUGCCACUAUGAAGAUGAUUUUUUUUUUUUUUCCCAUUUGGAAAUAAGACGAGUCCAAACUGUGUGACAUUUAGUCAUUUUAUAUACUUAUAAAAAAAUUUCAAUUCGCUUU